CUUUUGGACCUGAGCAGUGGUGGCGUUACGAUGAUGCGCAGCCUUGCUGUCAGAUGUUAGUCAAGUUUUAUGCGCUCAGGACCAACCAUGGGGAGAUGUUUAGCUGGCCUGAUCUUCCUGCUGAGUCUCACAGAGCAGGUCUGUGGAGUCUCAUUUCAUGGCAACGGAUUCAUCAGCCUGCGGACAUCUGGGGAAACUUUUAACCAGACGUCUCUCCGUAUGCGAUUCCGGACCCCUAAAGAGCACGGGCUUCUGUUUUUGGCGGCUGGCCGGCGAGACUUCCUGCUGCUGGAGUUGGUGUCCGGGCGUCUGCAGGUUCACUUUGAUUUUGGCUCAGGCGAGCAUGUGCUGCUGUCAGAAAACAGUAUAUAUGUGAGCGACCUGGCAUGGCACUCUGUCGCUGUUAGCCACGUUCGCCACAACAUUACCAUGACAGUUGACCGGACCUCGCACACCAACCUGCACAUUCCAGGACCAGACCUGGAGCUCAAUGUCGCUGUUGAGAUUUCAGUUGGUGGAACAGCCAUGUAUCCCCGGCACCUGCUGAACACAUCCAAAGACCAGCCUCUUCUGAACACGUCGACCGGUUUCAGGGGUUGUUUAGAGGAAGCCGUUUUCAAUGAUCGGAAUCUUCUGUCCAUCCAUAAACAGCAGGACGGAUCUUUGAGCAGCCGUCAGGUGUCUUCAGGAUGUAGUCAGGAGUUUUCCGCCUCCGAAUCUGAUUCCAUCAGUUUUUUCAGCCACAAAGCCUUCGUGUCUUUACCACAAUGGGAGGUCACAGAGGAAGGUGUGUUUGAAUGUGAAUUGUACCCCUCUGAAAGAGAAGAAGAUGGCAUCGUCAUGUACAGCUCAGGCGUCCGUGGAGCUUUUGUGGCUUUAGAAAUCAGAAAGGGUCAUCUCGUAGCAAUAGCCGGAACUUCAGAGGAGAAAAGGACGGAGCUUCAUUCACUGACGCACCUACACAGCAGCCUUCGAUGGUAUCCUGUUCAAGUGCACCUGCUACAGCACAGCGUCCAACUGAAUGUGGGCAAAGAGUCCAUCAAGGCCAACCUGGGCACAGCCCUGAAGGGUGUGCAGCCACGAGGACCUCUGUAUGUUGGAGGAAUGGGCACACAUGCCUGGCUCAAAUUCAGAGGAAGUCGGAACGGCAAACACUACAGAGGUUCUUUUAAAGGCUGUGUCAGAGAUAUAAGAGUGAACAACGUCCACACUGGUCUCCCUCACGCUUUAGUCACGCAGGACAUUGCCGUGGGCUGCAAAACAGAGCAAGAAGUCACAGAGCUCUCCAUCAGCAUGGACGAUCGUCAGGAACUAGAUAGUCAUCUAACGGACCACAAGCGUGACAAGACCAACUUCCUGUUGCUGAGAAAGCUGGAGGUCGCGGAGGGAGGUUGGGCACCACUGGAGCCAAAACACAUAAAGGUGAAUCUUGAUUUCCGAUCGCUGGGUUUGCAUCCCUCCAAAUUGAUGUUCCACAUCAAACAGCAGCCGGUACACGGGCAAAUCCGACUGGACCGUGGCCUAGACCUCGACGAUAAGCCGAAAGAAGAACCAGAGAAGACAGUUGGCGGGGGCAGUGAGGGCAGUUUCAGCAUGCUUGACCUCUGGCAGGGUGGCGUCAUGUACAUUCACAGCGGGUCAGAGGACCAAGAGGAUUCCUUCGUGUUUUCCGUCUCGUCCAGCAACGAGAAGGUCAUAGUUGAGGACCAGCUCUUGCACCGGUUUGUGAUUCAAAUCAUCCCGGUCAAUGAUGCACCUGUGCUCAGUCUGCCUGAUGGAAACAUCUUCUCCCUCCUUGAAGCAUCCAGUCGGCAGCUGACAAAGAACACGCUGAGCGUGUCAGACCCUGACAGCAGUAAAGAUGACCUGAUAUUCAGCACUGUGGGAGAUCUUUUUAUGGAGGCUGGAUACCUGGAGCACCGCAGUCAACAUGGAAGGCCUAUUCAUCAGUUCUCCCUUCCUGAUCUGGUGGUUGGCAAUAUUUUGUUUGUCCACACGAAGGCUCCCAACUCCACUCUGACACUGAGGGUCAGUGAUGGGGAAAAAGUGAGCAACACUGUGGUCUUGAGGAUCGUAGCGGUGGCGCUUGACUACAGACUGGUAAAUAAUACUGGACUGGAAGUGCAACAAGGUGGGACCACCCUCAUCACCACUGGUAACCUAGCAGUAGGAACUAACGCUGUUCAUCAGGCUGUAAUGAUCAGCUACGAGGUCAUGGAGUUCCCAAAAUACGGAAGUCUUCAACGAUUGCACUCGAGUGGAGAUUGGAAACCAGCAACUACCUUCUCCCAAAAGCUACUCCACAAGGAGCGUAUCAGAUAUGUGAGCACGUACAGAGGCCCCCAGCUGCACAGCACCGUCACUGACCGGUUCAAGUGUAAAAUGAGCAUCAGCUGGCGGGCAUCUGAAGAAGUCGUCGUUCCGAUUGUGGUACACUGGAUCCAGUUUUAUGUAACACGGAGUAAACUGGAGAUCAAUGGCAUCCAGGGUGCCGUCAUCACUUCAGAGAACCUCCGUGUCAUUUCUAACGGUGUCGAUCUGAAUGACAGUGAAGUCUACUUCAGGCUCAUUUCCACACCAAGGAAAGGCCAGCUGUUCCUGGUGGAUGCAGUUCUGCACAGUAAUGCCACCUUCAGCCAGAAGAACAUCACAGAUGGGAUGGUGAGGUAUAAGCUGCUCUCCCCGUCACUGAACGACAGCAGAGAUUCGUUCAGCUUCCAGGUGGUUUCUUCGUAUACCCAGUCCUUAAAUCACGACUUCAGAAUCAUCAUCAAACCUGCGUCAAACAUCACAGUAGUUAACAGAGGCCUCUCUGUGAUGGAGGGCGAAAGCAAAGUCAUCACAAAGGAUAUCUUGUUCACUCAAACGUCUCGGAAGGAAGAAGUCCAGUACAUCAUCACCAUCAGUCCUCGACACGGACACUUGCGCAGGAUCAACCACUCCAACUCUUCUUUCAGUGACAACAUCACGAACUUCACGAAUCAAGACAUUGCUGAGGAAAGGAUUCUCUAUGUUCAUGACGAUAGCGAAACAAAGACGGAUUCCUUCAGCUUCAAAAUAGUUUGGCCGAAACGUCAUCAAGACGUGAGUGACGUUGAAAAGCAACGGACUGUCAAUAUCUCCGUCAAACUUGUCAACGACCAGAGACCUGUGAGGGUUAUCAAUCAAGUUUUCCGAGUGGCCCGGGAUGGGCGAAGGCUGUUGACCUUGGAUGACCUAAGAUUCCAAGACGACGACUCUGACUUUGAGGACGGAUGGCUGGUGUACACCAGGAGAGGCAUUCCAAUGGGAGAGCUGGUGUUGGCCAGUGACACCAGUCAUAAGGUGUAUGAGUUCACUCAACGGGACCUCGAACAGAAAAAGUUGUUGUUCAUCCACAGAGGAGUUAGUUCUGGUCGUUUCGUGCUUUUCGUAUCAGAUGGGAAGCACUAUGUUUCAACACUUCUUGAGGUGGUGGCGCAGGAUCCUUACCUAAAGCUGCAGAGGAAUACUGGCCUCAUGGUGCAGCAGGGUGGAGUCGUCAACAUCACAUCGAAUCAUAUAAACAUCAUCAGCAACCUGGACAUAAGGGACCCUAAGGAAAUGAUAUUUAGAGUCUUCCUCCCUCCUAAACACGGCAUUCUCUACUUCAAUGAUGUUGUUGGCCAAACAGAAUUGCUCCACAUCACAGAAUUCACCCAGAGUGAUCUGUUGUCCGGGCGGUUGUCUUAUGGUCAUGAUGGCACCUGGGAGCUGUCUGAUGGUUUUAAUGUCACGACCAGAGCCGCUGAAGCAGUCACUGUGAGGCAAGGGAGCAAGGGGAGGUGGGAUGUACAUCUAGACUUUGGAGUGUCCGUAAAAAUUUACCUGGAGAGUCACCGGAGGCCACUGACUGUCAACACUAAUAGACCUGUGGUGGUGGAGGAAGGCCAGAAUGUGUCCAUCAGCAAGGACCAUCUAGAGGUGAUUCAUGAUGGCAGCGCACCAUCAGACAUUGUUUUUAGACUCCAAACUCUUCCUGUGUUGGGGUCCGUUGAAUGGAUGCCUCCAGUGAGAAACAUCAGUAUUAGAAGGCAGCAACAUCUCAACAAGAGAGUCAGAGGGCAGCCUACGACGUCUUUCUCUCAGGAUGACGUCAACCAGGGCUUGAUCUUCUACCAUCAGCAGGUAGAAGGAGGAACCAACGACUCCAUUCUUUUGGAGGCAACUAACGGUCUGAGCAAGGUCGGACCAAUAAGACUGGAGGUCGAGGUCAUUCCGAAGCUGAUCCCCCUACUGGUGUCAAACAUCACGUUAGAUGAAGGGUCAUCGCUCCACCUGACUCCUGAUGUUAUCAGGGUGACAAGCCGUCACUUCUCUGGAACAAACAUUUUGUAUCGAAUCCUGGUUCCUCCACGGCAUGGACACCUGGAGCACAGCAAGAUCCCAGGGAUGCCAAUCACGGCUUUCACACAUACUGAGUUGGAGCGGAAGUUCAUCUCCUACAUCCACGAUGGCAGUGAGAUGCGGAGCGACAACUUCACCAUAACGGCGAACCAGACAGAGAGCAUGAAGCACAGUGUGCCCCGUACCGUGCACAUUCACGUCACACCGAUCAACGAUGAGUCCCCAGUUGUCACAGUCAACCAGGGUCUGAAGGUUUGGCAGGGUUCACUCACAGGCAUUACCGUCGAUGAUCUCAGCGCUGAAGACUUAGACACUUCAAUGGAUGGUUUGGAGUUCAUCAUCACACCUCCUAGCAACGGGUACCUUGCUCUGCAGAGCGACCCCUCCAGGCAAAUCCUCAACUUCACGCAGAGUCACAUACAGAGCGGAAUGCUGGUGUUCGUCCACAGUGGGGCCUUGACUGGCGGCUUUCAGUUUCAAGUGAAUGAUGGUGUGAACUUUGCACCUCGACAGAUCUUCAGCACAACUGCUCAAACUUUGAUGUUAGCCUUGCAGAGAUGCCACCCUCUAGAAGUCUACCCGGGUUCUGUGACACCAAUCUCUGACCAGGAGCUGCUGGUUGUUACCAACGACAUGCGUGAUGCAGCCAGGAAUGAUUCAGUGGUGUUUUUGGUGACAGCUCCCCCUAAGUUGGGCAGCUUGGUCCGACGUUCACCUGACAACUCCAUCCAGAAUAUUUCCACAUUCACUCAGGGCAUGGUGAACGCGGGUGUUGUUCUGUAUGACCAGAACAAGCUGGAGUCUGUCGGCUGGUCAGCUUCAGACUCCUUCUCUUUCACUGCAUCCUCUUCUCCUGCUUUCCUUCCGCCUCACACGUUCAACAUCCAGAUCUCCUACCAGGCCAACAAACAUCACAAGACUCCUCAGCAAAAGACCCGACUCCUCAACAAUGAAGGUGUAGUGGUGCCGGAGGGAGGCAAAGUUAUAAUCGACAAGUCAAAGCUUGACGCCUCCAACCUCCUGGGGAAAGUUCAUGAGCAGCAUCGGAAAGACUACAACGUCUUUUACCGUGUCAUUUCAUUACCUCGGCACGGGACUUUGUCCAUCGAUGGACGCAACCUGACCAGGGAGCAGCCCGACUUCUCCCAGUCCACGCUGAGCAAGUUUGGCAUCGCAUACCUGCACGAUGACUCUGAGACAACUAUUGACAGCUUUACGUUUAAGGCCUGGGCAGCCCCCUCUGUGUUGCCUUCAUCUUACCUGUCCCGCUACUCUGCAGACUCUUCCUUUUCUCCUCCGCACUCUGACAGGCCGCUUCACCAGAGGCCAUCAGUCAAAAUGUUUCCAGGACAAACUGAAGCAGUGACAGAGACCUUUAACAUCACAGUGACCCCCGUCAACGACCAACCCCCCUUGCUCAGGAACAGAGCUCCAAGUAUGAAGGUGGUGGUGGGAGAGAGAGUCGUCAUCGGACCAGACAAUCUGCAGGUUGAAGAUCAUGACACCCCUCCUGAAGAGCUGCACUACCUGGUCAUCAGUAAACCCAACAACGGCUAUCUGACUCUGGGCGAAAGACCAGAGCUGGUGACUUCAUUCACCCAGUAUGAUGUCAAUCACGGUCGCCUGCAUUUUACUCAGCAGGGGGAGCCCUCCACCGGCGUCUUCUACUUCAACGUCACAGACGGUCAUCACCGACCACUUUACAAGCUGUUCAGCCUGGAGGUGAUCAAGCCGUCCAUCUCCAUGGUCAACAACACCGGUCUGUCUUUGGUGCAAGGCAGGACAGCCGUCAUCCUGACAACCAAUCAGCUUGCAGCUCAAACAAACGGCCGCAGCCCGGCUAACAUCACUUACACGGUGACCUCUCACCCCAGACACGGGCGCAUUGCAAUAAAUGACCUGGAAGUCACCACCUUCUGCCACGAUGACCUCAAACUAGGCCGGGUUGUCUACCAUAUGACUGAACUCAGCGAAUCAGAGGACAGAUUUCAAGUGUCGGCGUCAGCCACUGGAAGUGGUGUGGCGUAUGGGAGUGUGCCUCCGCAAACCGUGGUGGUCAACGUCCGGCCACUGGUUUACUUGAGGGAACCAGUGCGGGUUCCCAGCGGCAUCGCAGUCAAACUGGGAAAAGCCAUGAUUGACGCUUCGGAACUUGCCAGAAUUAGCAGAGCUGAUCCGGUCUUUGAGGUUCUGUCUCCACCGAAACACGGCAAACUGGUCAAGAUGACCUAUGACCCCAAUAGAGCGUCACUAGUCCUCAAGUCAUUCACUUAUCGUGAUGUGGUACAAGGACGUGUCGCUAUUGAAGAGACUCUGAGCGACAACCAGUCCCCUGGUAACGAGUCAGUACUCUCAACCACUCAGGGUCAUGCCCCCGCAAUCCCCCUCAAUGAUUCUUUCACAUUCCUGCUGAAGGCUGGAAACGUUCAGCCAGCCAAGGGGGAGCUUCACUUCACCAUCCUACCCCACCACCAGAUGCGUCACGGAGUGAGUAAGGCGGAGGAGGAGAUGAGCCGCAAGUCACUCACCACGACGCAGAACAAGACCACAGGUGAAGGAGGAAUAGAUGCAGUGGACAGAGGGGAUCAGAAAAAAGGGGGGGGCACCCCCCAUAUUCUGUCUCAUAAAAACUACACCAGGACACAUCACAGACAGAGGCCUCACAGUCGCGGGGGGAACCACACUCGUGGUCAUGGAGCCAAGUCGGGGAGCGGACAAGAAGCCCACGGAGGUCGCCAUCAUAACCAACAGCCAAACCCUCCUCCAGACCCACAACCAGGUCAACCGAUCUCUGUAGACCCACACCCUGUCCACGUGGAGGUGGUCCCGCGUCCAGCCUCUGACCCGCUCCUCAUAAUCCUGCCACUGCUCGCAUGUCUGCUCCUCAUCAUAAUCCUCGUCGUCCUGAUUCUGGUCUUCCGCCACCGCAAGGAGAAGCAGGCCCGGCUGAGAAUUCUGCAGGAGCUUGCAACAGUGCCACUGCCACCAGAGGGCAGUCCAUACCUGGGGCGACCAGAGCGCAGUCCUGCCAUGCCCUCAGUUGUGGUGACUCCACUAGGCUCUGCCAGCUGCCCCGCCUCUCCCAGGGUUCCUUUAAGUCCAAGGAGGAAGAGUUUGGCCCCUGGGAUGACCUUCUGGGGGCCAUUUGAAACAUCUGCUGAAGAGGUCAUGAGAGAAACCGAGUACAUGAGAGGAUUCAGGAAAGCCAGACACAGAUCUUUAACUCCAAGUCUGAAAGAAAAUCAAUACUGGGUUUGAAGUGCAACUGUGCCUUACACAUGGAUUCUGAUGUGAGGACACACAUCUGACCAGCUGUGCAUAGUUUUAAGAAACAUCCCUUUUGCCACAGAACACAAUUUCUAAUAAAUGUAGUCAUGCACUGCUCUUUAACUUUUGUCCAACUUAAUUUUAAAAUGAUCUUGUCACUCAUUUCUGGCUUUUAUGUUCCUGUUUAUAUAAGGACUAAAGUUUAUUUUUGCCUAAAGUGAAGCUGAUAUCAUUGUAAGUCUAUACUUUUGACCAUUGUUGGUAGCGAUAGAAGACAUUAAACUGUUGACUUUAUUCGAUUUGAAAUUGCUAUUUCAGUUAUAAUGUGGUAUAAACAUUAAUCUAGUUGAAGAUGCUACGUUUUCAUUUUUACUGUAUGCACUGUUUAUAAUUAAAUAUUUAUUUGAAAUGAAAAUAAAAAGCUGGGAAUAUGUGACCAUUUAUUCCACUAGUAAGCAUUUUGUUGUAGGUGAUUCUGAGAUGUUCCUGUGGCAUCCAUAAAAAAAGCCUUGUAUAAAUAUUUUCAAAUAUUGAAAUAAUGGAUCAUUAUUACUCUGCACUCAUUAUGUGUUUAUCAAGCGAUUUAUCUCUUUAAUAUUAUUGAUAUAUUAAUAAUUAAAAUUGCCAAAAGGUAUGUGGACAACGCAAAAGAGAAAGAGGCGGGUUUAAAUAAUGAAACACCUGCGGCUACAGAAACCGGAGCAGCAGAUUGGAAAUCCAGGUGUCAGGUAUCAGGGAA